AUGUCCUCCAUGCUUAAGACGGGUAACACAAUUAUUCCUGUCUUCUAUCAUGUCGAUCCUUCUGAUCUGCGCUGGGUGGGUCAAGGAAAAAGAAUCUAUUCUGAUGCGUUUUCUCAAUAUCAACUGAAGGGCAGAUACUCCGAGGAAAAGCUUGACGACUGGAAGAUGGCACUCGAGAAUGCUUCUCUUCGUUCUGGCUGCGUGAUCAAGGAUAGUAGAGAUGAGGCGAUGCAGUUGAAGAAUAUUGUAAAUAUGGUAUCUAAGGAACUGGGAAAGGUGCCCUUUCUGGUGGCCGACAAACCCGUUGGACUGGAUGAUAUAGUGCGGGAUUUUGAAGAAGCUGUUGAGAGUGGGCAUAAUGCUCAAAUUGUUGGGAUUGUGGGAAUGGGCGGAGCGGGUAAAACCACUCUUGCUAAAGAGUUGUUUAACAGGAAAUCCCCAUCCUUCAUAUAUUCCAGUUUUGUAUUUGCAGUACGAGAUGCUGCAAGCAAAAAUGCUUUGCAUGAGAAGCAAAAAAUGCUUCUGAAGGACCUUGGUGUCCAAGACUUAGCAUUCGAUAACAUUGAAGGAGGCAAGCCUAUUCUGGUAAAUCGGUUGAAAUCUGUUCAUGCGCUCAUCGUUUUGGAUGACGUGGAUCAUGGUAGCCAACUGGAUGCUCUGUUACCAACUAAAGAUGGCCUUGCAUCCGGCAGUCUUGUCAUUGUUACAGCACGCGAGUCAAAUCUCCUUGCAAAAUUAAGGGGCUCAACUAUAUAUAGAAUCAAGUCCCAUUCACAAGAUCGAUUUGAAAAUAUUGUUGAAAAUUUUUUACAAGCUUGCAAUGGGUUGCCUUUAUCACUUGCUGUCUUUGAAGGAUUAGUUUAUGGCAAGUCCAAGGAUUAUUGGGAAUCCCAGUUAAAUAAGAUUUUCAGAUUUUUGCCCGAAGAUGUUAAAGGAAGGUUGAAUGUCAGCUACAAUUCUUUAGAUGAAGAAGAGAAAGGGAUGUUUAUGGAUGUGGCUUGUUUUUUCAUUGGCAAAAAGAAAAGUUGGGCCAUUGAGUUGUGGAAUGGAUCCAGAUGGAGUGGUUUGCAUGGGUGGGAAACACUUGUUAACAAGUGUCUGGUUAAUGUGGACAAGAAUGAUACUAUAAUAAUGCAUGAUCAUCUAAGAGAUUUGGGUAGGGAACUUGCAGGUAGACAUCGAUCUUUUCGAGUAUGGCAUCAAGAGCAAAUAAUUGAUAUACAGAAACAAAUUAAGACCCAGCAGUAUAAAAAGAAAUGGGAGGAGUGCAAGAAAGGAAGCAUAUAG